GAAUCUUUUAUCAUGAAAUGGUAUUAAGCCCCACUUCAUCCACUCUGUGCUGAGUUAUAAACACUCGCCAAAGAUUUACGCUAAAAGGAAAACCUAGCAUUACAAACGACGUUCAAAAACUCGACAAUUUGUACAUUUCUGCUUCUUCGUAUGUGAUUAUAUAGAAAUUUCGAACAGUUGGGAACUUCAAAAACUGUUAUAUGAUUCGGAUUUCUUGUUUGAGCAGACGGUGUGAUCCUUACGCUUCAAGUAGCAAUAAAAUUCUCCAUCGUGUUUGAAUGGUAAACAACUAAGGCAAACUUUCGACGUUAUUUUGUGAGAAACGCCGGAAAAGGCGUCUUAACUUAUAGUUCGUCAGCUUGGAGUGAACUGGACAUUUGCCACGAUGUCGCGAAGCAGUAUAUCACCCCUGGUCGAGAACGAAGCCAAGAACGAAGUUGCCAACGCGUGGACGAAUGGAACAGCGCCCCCUAUGACGCCCCAACGUAAAGAGCUCGUUGAACUACCACCCCUGAAACAAUCAAAUGGAACACCGGUAAAUGGUACUCCACUGGUUAAGCGGCAUAUCGUACCUCCAAAGGCCAUGGAGACCACAGUGUCUUUGGAGAUAGAGGAGAAUGAAAAAGGGAUGAGCUCAUUGGACUACAGGAAAGACAUCAACAUGGAGUUCUAUCUUCUUCUUGGACCUCUCAUCAAGUGCAUGUCAUUAUUCGGACUAUGGCAUGGUUAUGUUGUUGACCCAGUGCACAAUCCGCCACCUAAGACGACUUUCAAGAGGAUCUUUAACCAGAAGAACUACUGUAUCUUUGCCCAGGUGCUCCUGUGGUUUAACACUCUUAGGUACGCUCCGGCAUUCUUUGUUGGAUCCUACAUCGAUCCGAUCAAGCUUGUCCCAAAGGUCAUUUUCUCUAUCUUCACACUGCAGUGCGCCCUCAACUCCUCCGUCUUCUUCUACUGUUUGUCCAAAAAGGACAAAGUGUCCAUCUUCUUUCACCACUUCGAGUUGGCUAUCCAGAGCAACCCUACAACGGCGGUGGAUAAGACGUGGUUGAAGCGAGCCAGUUGGGCAUGCACCGUGGUCGCCAUCAUCUUCAUGGUCGUCCACUGUCUCAACCAGGCUGCCAACGCCUAUCUCCCAAUCGAGACCUUUCGCAACAACAGCCUGGUUUUCAUCGCCCCCAUGUACUACAGCGCUCCACUACACGCCUUCUUCGGCAUCAUCUACCUCUACAACUUCGCCGCUUGGAUCUUCCCUCUUCUCUUCUUCGUGCUCAUCUGCAUCAUCCUCUCGCGCCAGUUCGUCAAACUUGAUCAACGCCUCGAGAGGUCCCUGCGCAAGGCCCGAAUCGACGGGUGCUUCCCGAAGGAUUUCGAGGUUCUCCGAAGACAGCACGAAGCGCUUGCUACAGCGUUGGACACAUCCAAUGAUGGUCUCUUUACCUAUGUGAACCUGGUGACCUACGCGACUAUGGCUCCACUAGCGGUGUUCUUACUUUACCGGAUCAUCACCUCACCGUCCUAUCAACUUGGUCUCUCUGGAUGGUUCUUCUACUGGACUUGGAUGAUCAAUAUCUUUAUCAAUGUCAUCAUCGUGUCAUGGAUUGCUGCUAUUACAAGUACUAAGGCCCACGAUCCAAGGGAAAGACUCUUCUUGGUUAACCUGUGGAAUAUCACCAACGAGGAAAUUAUGCAGAUGAAUGUAUUCCUGAACAGAGUUAGCGGGGACCCUAUGGGAUACACGAUAUUUGAUCUUGUUACCAUUACAAAACCUUUCAUAUUAACGAUCGGCGGUCUUCUCCUUACUUUCUACGCCAUCAUCUCCGAGUUCAAUGCAUGAAAAGGAGACUGGUUUUCACUUCACUUUGAGCGGUUUUGUACUUCAUUUAGAGUGGCUUUCAGUUGUUUGAGUUGUGGGCCACUACAUCGACGUCAAAUCUAUCUAUUCGGAGUGAAAUUUCGCUACUUCAAUCUCUUCUAUUUGCUCCAGGGUUAAAUUGGUAGAACCGGAGGAGGAGGAGGACGAUCGGUCCUCUGAUAUUGCACGUGAUGAAGAAGAAGGGGAAAAACCAAGAAAAACACGGAGAAGAAAAGACAUAAAUGAAGUUUUAAAAAAGUAUUUGGAAAAGAGAUCUCCUUUCAAGUGACUUGAAUAACUCGUAAAUGUUUUAACCGAAAACUAAAUGGAAUUCGUUUAUCGGUCACCCCCACCCCACCCCCCUUACGAAUUACCCCGUGUGUACUCUUACA